AUGGUAAAACCUAGGCCCAGAAAGAAUGGCUUAAGCCAAUCUUUAGAAACUAAAAUAAGUGAUCUAAUAUACCGUAUGCUAGAUGAAAAAUCUUUGGAGAAGCAGCGUGAGAAUGCAAAAAAAAGAGAAUUAUUGGAAAGAAGUGAUGUUCAAUCUGAUGACAGCAGUUUAGAGGAGUUAAACACUGAACUGGCAGAUAUAUUUUUAGCAAAGGAUCUUCGUUUUCCUGAAGUACUUGCAUUUUGUCAAAGCAAAGAUUUGUCUCUUCAAAGAGUUAAAAAGGUGCUACUAGAAAAAACUAUCCAGAAGGCAUUGCUACAAGUGAUUGAUGACGAGUUAGAGGAAAUGGGACCAUUAAUGGACCAGGAGAAGCCUGAAUCGAAUGAAGAGGUUCUAUCUGAUAAAAAUCUAAUGUUUACACCUAAUUCGAACGAUUUAAAUAAAGACAUUACAUCCCAAUGGCAGGUUUCAAAAUUAGAGAAAGAGGAGACAACUGAAGGAAAGAAGCUGAUCAAGAAAAGAGCAAAAGACGAGCCCAAGGACAAGAUUAAGAGACAAAAAAAAGAUGAUAGGUCACCUCCAAGUUCCAAUUUGUCAACUUUGGGGGGAAUGGACGAUGUGAUUGCUCAAUUAAUGGAGCUUAUUGGAUUACCGAUAUUACAUCCAGAAAUAUAUUCUGCCACCGGAGUUGAACCACCUAGAGGUGUACUCUUGCAUGGCCCACCAGGGUGUGGUAAGACAUCAAUAGCAAAUGCCUUAGCUGGUGAGUUGCAGGUACCCUUUAUUUCCAUAUCUGCUCCAUCGGUAGUGAGCGGGAUGUCUGGAGAAAGUGAGAAAAAGAUUCGAGAGCUAUUCGAUGAAGCAAAAUCAUUAGCACCAUGCCUAGUAUUUUUUGACGAAAUCGACGCCAUUACUCCCAAACGAGAUGGUGGUGCUCAAAGGGAAAUGGAAAGAAGAAUUGUUGCCCAGUUAUUGACAUCUAUGGAUGAAUUGUCAUUUGAGAAAAUGGAGGGCAAACCAGUGAUUGUAAUAGGUGCAACAAACAGACCUGAUUCUUUGGAUGCAGCACUAAGGAGGGCUGGCAGAUUUGACAGAGAAAUAUGCCUCAAUGUGCCAAAUGAGACAUCUAGGUACUUUAUCUUGAAGAAAAUGGCCUCCAGUUUAAAGAUCGACGGCGAAAUUGAUUUUAUCAAACUAGCAAAGCUUACACCAGGAUUCGUAGGAGCAGAUUUGAAAGCUUUAAUAACUGCUGCAGGAACAUGCGCAAUCAAAAGAAUAUUUCAAAACUAUGCUGGAUCCAAUGAUGUUGACAUGGAUAUCGAUAUAGAUGCAGAAACCCAAUUAAAGAACACAGCAAAUAUGAUUGAUCCUCUUCCACUCUCCAUUAUUCAGCGCUUUAUAGAUAACUUCCCAGACGCUUUGACAGCGGAACAGCUUCAAGGUUUAUUCAUAAAAUAUGAAGACUUUUUAAAAGCUUUGCCUACCAUCCAGCCUACUGCUAAGAGAGAAGGGUUUGCCACUGUGCCUGAUGUCACAUGGUCCAGUGUCGGUGCUUUAGAUAAAAUUCGUAUUGAAUUGAACAUGGCUAUCGUACAACCGAUCAAAAGACCAGAGCUUUACGAGAAAGUUGGUAUUAGUGCGCCAGCAGGUGUUCUUUUAUGGGGACCUCCAGGUUGUGGUAAGACUCUUUUAGCUAAAGCUGUUGCUAAUGAAUCCAGAGCAAACUUUAUCUCCAUCAAGGGUCCUGAACUAUUAAACAAAUACGUUGGUGAAUCAGAGAGGGCAAUAAGACAAGUAUUCAACAGAGCACGUGCAUCCGUACCAUGUAUAAUAUUCUUCGAUGAAUUAGAUGCUCUCGUUCCAAGAAGAGAUGCGUCUUUGUCGGAGUCAUCUUCUCGUGUUGUUAAUACCUUACUAACAGAAUUGGAUGGUUUAAACGAUAGGAGAGGAAUAUUCGUUGUAGGCGCGACGAAUAGACCAGAUAUGAUAGACCCAGCGAUGCUAAGACCAGGGAGACUCGAUAAAACCCUUUUCAUAGAAUUACCAAAUUUCGAAGAAAAGGUCGAUAUUAUGAGAACUUUGAUUAGAUCAAACGGAACUCCAAUUGCAGACGACGUAGAUAUAAACAGGAUUGUUAAUGAUGAACGUUGCAAGAACUUUUCGGGUGCAGAUAUCGCCGCACUGGUCCGAGAAUCAUCCGUCCUGGCUCUCAAACGAAACUUUUUCAAAACUGAUGAAAUCAUGUCAGUAGGGGAGAACAACCUAGACAAAGAAUUCGAAGAUCUCACAACAAACUCUCCAACUGAAGAUGUAAUUGUCUAUAUGAAAGAUUUCGAAAACGCUUUAAAGAAAGUAAAACCCUCCGUCAGUGAUAAGGAUAGAACUAGAUAUGACAGACUAAACAAAAGGAUGGGAUGGAACGAUUCUUCAGAUGGGUCUGAAUGA